AGUGAAGGCAGUACAGCCAGUACAGCGGGGCAGCGGUCCGUAUGUGAAUGUCAGCUCGGCGAUUUCGGUUUCACGUUCGGAGACUUCUCGGCAAACAGGACGCAGGCCCCCCUGUAUAACAAGGGAGGCACGCGGGACGCGGUCCAGGGUUCGAGGACUCGUCACCAGCAAGAAGCAGCGGCAGUAGAAUCUGUGGCUGGCGGAUGAGGAUGGGGCGAAUCGGAGUUCUUUCAGGCCCAGCACUCGGCCGGCAGCCGAGCGAGCCCAGAGCACGGGAAGUGUCGGGGAUUCGUGCAAGCGAUGUCGUACGUACCUGAAGAUGAGCCAGGCAAUCAUCGUGUCUUGUUGCAAUAGUCAUCUCAUGGUCCCGGCGUUCUUAGCAACCUCACUGCAGACAGCAACUCUAAUGGAACCGAUCCCGCCCUCAAGUUGUGAUAAUGGAACUGCAUCGUUAAGGAAAACCAGCAGCCCAUUGAAAGUCACCGAGGACAUCUCGUUCAGAUGCUGUUCCUGCACCUACGUCACCAGAGAUCAGCGUGGAAUCGUUCUUGCUGCUGGUAUUGACCCAGUCACCUACGAAGAUGUCACCGGCCCGAGCGAUAUCUGCUGCUGCAAGUUGCGAGCGCAAUUGCCAGUGAUAACCCUCAACGACGCUGACACUGUAUCACGGAAUGGAACUUUCGACCGUGGCCAUGUGCAUUUUCCGGUCCUGCAUAGAAUUCAUCGGGCAACAUUGGUUCUUGCUGCUGGUAUUGACCCAGUCACCUACGAAGAUGUCACCGGCCCGAGCGAUAUCUGCUGCUGCGAAUCGGAAGCGCAAUUGCCAGUGAUAACCCUCAACGACGCUGACACUGCAUCACGAAAUGGAUCGACCGUGGCCAUGUGCAUUUUCUGGUCCUGCAUAGAAUUCAUCGGGCAACAUUGGUAA